UCAUCAAAACAAUCAUUGCUAGCCGGUCCCACAGCAUAAAUUUUACAUCCAGGGGGUUAGCACCGGAUAAAUCAGAAAUAUUUGCUCGUUUGCUAGGUUAUGCUGCAUUGUUUAUAGUUUCGCGAUGGCUACGAACGGAAUAAAUGAAGCUCGCACCUCUAUCAGCUGCGAAAACAUUCCGGAACUGUUUCUGGACAAACUCACUGCCAAGAUGCACUUUAGUCAGUUUGGCAAAAUCAAACGAUUCAUACUGCGGCCAAAUCGGUUAUCGUGCACGGUCGAGUACGAGCAGCCAGAGUCGGCCCAGCAAGCCCUGGAGAGGGGUGGACAGUUCAAGAACGUGUCUUUUAGCAUCUACUGGACGGACCUCAAACCUCCAUCGGUAAACGACAACGGUAAGGCGGGCGGAUCGCUCGAUCUGGACGUGCAAAUGGAACUGGAAGCAAUCGACAAUGUGAGAUCACCUUCACAAAAUUUGUUAGCGUAUUAUAAGGCUGGCGAGCAGCGCAAUGCUCCCCCGGUCACAAACAACCGACCAACCCUUGCGAAACUUUCGAUGCCAGUCUCGGCACGCACGGAAAUUGAUCCUAAGAUUGGGCAGGCUCGUGUGGAGCUUGAAACAUUGGCCAACAAACCGGCAUUUUCGGCAGAGGAGCGAUGCAGAGUGCUGGAGGCAAAGGAUCGAUACAUUCGCCUCACCACGGAACGUACGACGGACAUCCGGAAGGCGAAGAACAUCGUGGGCACCUGCCCGGACAUGUGUCCGGAGAAGGAGCGCUACCUGCGUGAGUGGAAGUGUAUGGUGCCUUCGUACGAAAGACUACCCGGCGGCGGUGCACAGAUAGAUCACGUGAAAGCCAUCAAACAGUACUCCCGGAGCUCGGCCGAUCAGGAGCUGCCGCUGCCGCACGAACUACGCUCGCAGCAGGCCCUUGGACGGACGAUGCACUUCCUGCUGACCCAUCUGGCCGAUCUAUGCAAUGAUGACGAGGGUGAAGGAGGUAGCAACGUAAGCGACUGGUUCCAUUACAUCUGGGACCGGACACGUGGAAUCCGGAAGGACAUCACGCAGCAGGAUCUGUGCUCGGUCACUGUGGUUGAGUUGGUGGAACAGUGCACUCGCUUCCACAUACAUUGUGCUGCCCGGCUUGUCUCGGAGGAUCCGUCAGUGUUUGACCAGAAGAUCAACACCGAAAACAUGACGAAAUGCUUGCAGACACUCAAGUACAUGUACACCGAUCUGGGCCAGCGCGGUCAACGCUGUCCGGCGGAGGCAGAGUUCCGUGCGUACAUGGUGCUGCUGUACCUAAACGAUGGCAACUUCUUGUGGGAGCUGCGCCAGCUGCCGGAGGCCAUUAUUCAUUCCAAGGAGAUUCAAUUUGCCCUGUCCGUUUACUUUGCGCUGGAGGAGAACAACUUUGUGCGCUUCUUCCAACUCGUCCGGUCGACCACGUACAUGAACGCAUGCAUCUUGCUACGCUACUUCACGCAGGUACGUCAGAAAGCACUUGAAAUUCUACGCAAAGCGUACGCAGUACGCUCCACGGCUUCAUUCUCCCUGGAGUACAUGACGCGUAUCCUCGGGUUCGAAGAUGAAGAGCAAGCGGAAGCCUUCUUCGACCACUAUGGCAUCAUGAUAGACCAAACAACCGAUAUGGUGUUGUUCGAGCCGCGACAGAUGAACUUCUACCAGCCGGAGUUGCCAUUUCCGACCUCCCGUGCUGUUCGGUUGGUCGAAAGCAAACGUACCGUGUCGGUUGGAGAAGCUAUCUGCGGGCGCCCUCUGGAGCAGUGGGAACUGCAGCUUCCGAUGGUGCAACCACCGAACGAUAGCUUCGAUGAAAGUGGAUGCCUAAAGGAGGAGGUUCUUCAGAAUGUGUUUGCGGAUCGCAGGCUGUCAGAAGAAAAAAGUGAAUCACGUGUUCAAAAGCCGCAGCCUGUAAAGAACGACCGAGAACUGCACGUUAUAGAGGAGGACAAGCUGGACAGUAUGGAGCCGGAUGCGCCCAAUGAAACGGUGGCUGAUGAUAGGUUAUUCAAAGUGCCUUCGCCUACGACAGUAGUACCACGGUUGUCUCCCCGUGCUCGUACGCCACCAACCAAGCCAAUUCCUGCACCGUUUCCAGCGGAACAAAAUGCAACACCCGCACUACCUCCACCUGUCUUUGGCACAAUAGGAGCCAAGACUGUGCCGAGCAGCUUUGAAACUGCUGGCUUUAAAACCUCAACAGAAGCUCCAUCGUCGUUUUCAUUUGCCAACGCAUUUGCAAAGCCUGUUUUUGGAACGCCGCCAUCAACUGGCAACGCACCAGCGACAUCAUCCGUCGCUGAAAGUGGUUCCCUUUUCGGUGCAUUUAAAUCCACUCCGAUACCGAUGGCAGGCGGCAAUCUGUUUGGAGCGGCUGGUAAUGCAGCGGGGAGUCAAAGCGACAGUAUGGAUCGUGUAACUAUGUCCUGGGUGAAUCCACCGCAGAACACGGCGAUAACACCCGCCGGACAGAAGCGUGCGUUUCACGGAGCAGUGAAGGAUACGUCCCCAGCCAAACCUCCAGCACCGGUCACUUUUUCGAGCACAUCCUUCUUCCAGGCUAAACCAGCGGAGCUUCUUCCAUCAUCGAAUCCCAGUGGUGGAUCCUUGCUCGGUUCAGCGAACAACUUCGGAGGCACAGCGCUAUUCGGGAAGGCCCCCUCUAUGCCAGCUGCAUUUGGUUCUUCUCCUGCGCUAACUACAGGUUUCUUCCAACAGCCACUCAAAGAAAGAAACGACAACAGAGAGAAUGUCAGUAUUCCAGUCGAGCGCAAAGAACCGAACGUCGACGCCGAAAUUGAGAAGCAGCGUGAAAAGUUAAAACAAGAGGAAGAAAAACGAAAGCAGGAAAAACUACUCGAGGAGCGGAAACAGGCUGUUGAGCGGGCAAGUACUGUGGAGCUGGAGAAGCUGAUAGAUUUGGUCGUGGAAGAGCUCGUUCCUGAAAUUGCAGAAGCUGCCCUGGAUCGACAAAAACGCAUACAGCGCACUGCAGUGGACGUGUUUAACGAGUUGGUAGCAGAACUACUAACCUCACACGUGACCAAGACCGCCGAGCAAGAGAUUGAGCGUGUGGAACGACUGCGAGCGGCUCGGGUUAGGAAGCUGAGCAUGAAGUACUUCCACCGCUGGCACCGCAAUGCCAAGAGUGCGGCGAGAUGGCGUCGAUUGAUGCGAACCGUGCCACCUUCAUUCGUUAACGGGAGUAUCAGGAUGGAUGAGCUGCCCCGGUGUGACCAAUUGCGCCCCUUCCUUAAUGCUCGCUGCACUGGUUCGAAACGUAGUGUAGAUUCCGUGCUUCAAGACCAGUCUGUGCUUCGCGAAGUGUUCCUGUUCGAUGCUUUCCCGGAGCGAAAGCUUAUCGAUCCGUUCGUGCAGCUCGAAGGAAUGAUCAAUAAGCUGCAACAAAUGCAAGUUCCGACUCGCAUUCUUGGCAUUGCUGAGCCGAUCUACUGGAAGCUCGUCCUAUCGCUACCGGUUGAGGGUGAGGAAGGCUCGGCCGGGUUUCCGAGCUUCGUCAAACGCUGGCUGGAGUGCUGUGCGUUUCGAAAGGAAAACAGAGAGGAAAAUCAUCCGUACUUUUAUUUAGCAAAAAGAUCACCGCCAUCCAAACAGAUGCUGGCCACAAAAACUCAUAGCAAAGGAGAUGGGAGCCAGGGACAGCGUGCCAUCUGUAUGCGGUUACUGCAGGGACAAUCGCUAAUCAGCGAAAAGGAUACCGACCGUGCCGAAGCGUGUGUCCUCACGGACGGAGUGUUAUUUUUCCUGAGCGAUCGUUGCCAAAUCGAACAAGCUCGGAAUCGGUUGAAGAGCAUUUUGACAAAGUGUGGCAGUCAUCAGCCAAGCAUAGCUGUCAUUCUUUACUGUCCCAACACUGUGGGCGCGGAGAGUAGUCUAGUGUCCGUGGACAGCUUCGAACAGAAUCUCGGACUGGCGGCAGGAAUAGUGAAGCGAUGGCGAGUUUUUCUUUGGAGCAGAGGAACCGAAAACGAUACACUGAGGGAGGCCGUACACUAUCUUGCCCACUGUUACCGAGCCCAAAUGCAGUUUGAGCCGCCUCGCUACGAGGAACGGUUAGAGAUGCGUCCAUUGAACGACUUUCUGGAGCGUUGCGUUGGCUCGGAGCUGUGGUUUCGGUUCGACAAAUCAUGCCGACAAUCGAGAGGAUACCUCUUGGCUGGGAAAAAUGCUAAAGCAAUCGUUGAGCUGUACAAUACAGCCAUCAGCAAGGUUCAUGCUAUGGUAAGCCAAGAUCUAAAACAAUUCGUUCGAUUGCCAGAAGAGUUCGGCAAGCUGCGCGAUCAAGCUUCAGUGGCAACGACACGAACCAAUCUUCUGCCCCUGCCGGAAGCCUAUUUCCCACCGGAUUGGAAUGACUCGAAGCGCAAGAACCAGCUGAUUCAGCUGCUGAAAUCGCUCAAACUUCACCCAUUGCCGGACAAUCUGCUCGCUGCCAUCGAUCGAGCUGCACAAGCAUCGACCAGCCAAGGUGUUGCCAUCGAUGUGGCAGAGCUACGCAAGGAGCUGAACGAAUACUUGUCCAGCUACCGUGUGCCGUUGGCUGAAAAUCCACAUGAGCUUAGUGCACUCACGCAACAGUUUCUGCAGGGCAUUGCCUCACAGCUGGCCGGUUAUGCGUAUAAUACGGAAACCCGACCAACGGAACGGUUCGGCGAGAAUGUUCGUCGUUGCUAUUGGGUGCCACUGCUAGCGUUGAUUUCGGAGACUAUUCUGCGUGUGCUGCUAAAGCGUGCCGAGGGAGGAUCGAGCAAUGGCCUACCGCACGAGGUAUGCUAUCGGCGUAUUGAUUUCCUGUACCACACUGAGACGGUUUGGUGGAAAGCUCAACUACAGGAGAUACAAAAGGAAGCACUUGGAUCGAUAGAAGCAUCACGAAGCAACACACCGGACACUUUGGCAUGGUCACCACCGUCAAGCUCAACCACCAGUGCACAAGAUCGCAAGCGAGCGCAUACAGAGCUAGCACAACACAACGAGAGCAAUACAAGCCUCAACUCUGUUGUCAGCGGUAGUGACACUAGCUUUAGUGAUAGCAUUCGAAGCGAGAGCUUCCACAAACGGCCCAAGAUAGUGAAUGGUGUGAUAUACAGCCGGGAAAUCGUCGAUGAUGUAAUUGCGCAGGGUAUGCGAGCAUUAGUCCGUGCUGAGGAAAUGCUCAGUCAAAAGCAAAACCAUGCCACCGAACUGCAGCGGAUAUUCAAACCGCUCGAGACAACAAUACAGGAGGUAGAGCAAACCUGUAGAAACAUCCAAUAUGAACAUGGCAGCAGAGUAUCGAAGUGAGGACACUGGAUGUCAACAUAAGGGCGACGACAAUAGCUGACGCCAUCGUGUUCACUACCAAGAUUGUUUGCAUAUUUCUACCCUUGAUAUUGGCAAGGGAACAAGGUCAAUGUACGACAGUUUUUGUUGCAUAGAAGUAAUCGAUUAAGCUUAGUAAGUUUUGUUUUAAUUACCAAUUUAAGUACGACUACAGCUUGGCACAGCACAGUUGGCCGUACAGGUCGGCGGGUAAAUCAAUAAGCCACUGAUAGCCAGUCACUAGACAAACAGACGCGCAGAGUCACGAUGUAAGCAGGCAAAAACCACACUACAUUUGAUAAAGUAAUUGUAUCUGAUAUGUUAAGUUAUAAAUAAAUUUGAUACAAUAUUUGAUGUAACUUUUAAAACUAUUU